UUCCUACCUAGAAGGCAAGGCCGCCUGGAGAAGCCCCGGAAAAGCAACAGGCUGGCGGCCUUGGAGAAUCCAGAGACUGAGGUUCGACCAGAGGUGCCUGAGGACGACGAGGAUGACGAGGAGACAUUGCCCCAUUCCGAGGCUGUGGACGUGUUCCAAGAAGGUCUCGCCAUGGUGGUGCAAGACCCGCUGCUCUGCGACCUUCCGAUCCAGGUUACUUUAGAAGAGGUCAACUCCCAGAUCGCACUGGAAUAUGGCCAGGCGAUGACUGUCCAUGUGUGCAAGAUGGAUGGAGAGGUAAUGCCUGUGGUCGUCGUACAGAAUGCCACAGUCCUGGACCUGAAGAAGGCUAUCCAGAGAUACGUGCAGCUCAAGCAGGAGAGGGAAGGAGGCGUUCAGCACAUAAGCUGGUCCUAUGUGUGGCGGACGUACCAUCUGACCUCAGCUGGGGAGAAGCUCACAGAGGACAGGAAGAAGCUCAGAGACUAUGGCAUCCGGAACCGAGAUGAGGUUUCCUUUAUCAAGAAGCUUAGGCAAAAGUGAACACCAGACAUAUGGAGCUGACCUUCCCCAGCAAGAUGGCGCCCUCUGCUUAUCCUCAGGGGAAAGGGCGUUGGUGUAGCUGCAUCCCUGGAGUGCCCAGGUGGAAUGUGGGAAAUUCCUCUGCCCUUUAUUUCCCUUUGAACUUGGCCCGAGGGUCCUAUGUGGUUGUGGGCCUGGACUACAGAAUAAACAUGUUUGCUUUGUAUCUUGUAAAAACCAGAAA